CUCCAGUCCUCGUGGGAUGGCUGGAAGCGGGUUCCGGGGCUUCUGGGGCGAACGCGUCAUGGCUUGCGUCUUGCUGCCAGCCGCACGCGUUGCGAGCCACCGAGUGAUGUCACGCCCCUCGCCCGCCCAGACGAGAGGGAUGAGGCUGAGGGCACGCAAAGGAAAGCGGCUUCUGGGCAGGCAUAAAAAGAAGGGCAGGCAACCGUCCAGCCCCUCCCCGCAACCACCAAGACUCACAACCUGUACAGCGUAUACCUAUCAGCCAUGUCGUUCAUAGACACCCUCCUAGCCAGCACAGGCACCGAGUCCUCCACGCCGCUCAUGUCGCUCAUCACCUGGCUGCUCGCCGUCGAGGCCGCCCUCAUCCUGUACCUGUCGCUGCCGUUCCAGAUCAAGUUCCGGCGCACCUUUGCCGAGGUGCUUGUUGCGUCUCCCGUGUAUGUAUACUCCUCUUAUCCGGCGCGCGGGGGGUGGAGUGGACCCAGGGAGAUCUUGGACUCACGAUGGCUGUGUUUUUUUUUUUUUCAAAAGGUUGAAGACGGUCCGAACGGUCUUUGUGACCAUCUUUGCGUUUUUGACGUUUAUCCUGGUCGACACGUUGCGGCGCUUGCAACGGCUCUCGGCGAAACGCCCCAUCGAUCUGUACACCGCGGAGAACCUCUAUUCCCAAAAGGUAGCGUCCACAUCACCCCCUGCCUCGCACGAAGGCCCCGACCCACUCACACGAAUAUUGUCUCCGAUGAUUGUGUACAGGCAAAACUCCAACGCGACUUCUUCAUCGUCUCCUUCACCGGCCUCCUCGCCAUCGUCACGCACCAGGUCCUGCUGAUGCUCCUGCGGAUGGGCAGGUACAGGAAGGAACGCAAUGUGUUGAGGGAGCAGGUGAAGGAGCUUGGGGCCGUGCCGAGGAGCGUGGAGGGGUUGGAGGGUGUGAGGGGGGGCAAGGUUGUGCCGAAGGCUGCGCCGGUGAAGAAGACGGUUGUUGUGGGGGGAGAGGGAAGUGCGGUGCCGGUUGUUAAGAAGGAGAUUUAGGGUUCAAUUGUCGGAGAGUGGAGAUGGGGAGGAGGUGCCCCUGUGAUGGUGGGAGGAGUGAUCCACCGUUCCCUUUUGGCGCCACGGUUUUGGCCGCUCGCUUCUUGUACUGUAUGUAGCUAUCAUAAUACGUAUCGAACAUAUCCAUCGUAGCAUU